CUUCGCGCGAUUUUCGGCGCUUCCAAAUCAUCAGAGAUGAUGAGAGCGAUCGGCCUCCCUUCUUUUGGCGUGUGCGUUACCGUCCUCAUUGCCCUGGCCACCGUGGCUGCCUCUCAAGAGUCUGACCUGGAGAGAUCCGACGCCGACCAGAGGGCCUUACAGUUUGGUACGCAGUGGGAGAGGACAGCCUGACCUGACACAGUGUCUUUUUGAAAGGGGGGGUAGCGAAAGGCAGGCAAAGACAGUCAUUGGAGGGAGAUCUCCCUACCCCCAAAUCAUCAUCACGUCGGUUCCCGCGUGUCUUUUGCUGUGUGUCUCUUGCAGGGGGCCUUCCCGGGUUAAUCACUGAUCUGCUUGAAAGCGGAGAUGACGGGUACGGUACGCCGGCAUCCGUACGUCUCUGUGUGUGUGCGUGAGAAUCGUCGUGUGCGCAUCGUCUUGCGUCUUGCGUCUUGUGUGUUGUGGGUAGAGAUCCGGACGGUGAGCCGAUGAACCGCAAGAACGCCAUCUUCUGCGACGACCCUCUCGCAACCUCAUGCGACCAUCGGGUGAGUGAGUGAUUGCCACCACACAUACAAACCAAACCCACCACCUCUCUCUCGCCCACCCACAAGGACGGACGCCUCCAUGCCUCUCUGUGCAGGGCAGGACCACCCGCAACGAGCGGUUCAAGGAGUACACCCCGGUUGACAGGGAGGAGUUAGACCGUGAGCGUGCGGAGAGAGACCGUGAGCGUGAGGAGAGGCGCAGGGAGAGGGAGAGGGAGAGGGAGGAACGGGAGAACCUCUUCGCGUCCAUCGCUGGUCGCCGGGAGAACGACAACCAGAACCAGAUCGGAAGUGGGCUGUUCGGCCUGAGAACUCCUCCUAAUCCGAUAGCCGUAGGGCAUACCCUUGCUUCCAUCCCGCCCUCCGUAAUGCUCCCUCCCUCUCUGUGUCUCUGUGCGCAUCUCUUCAGGGCCCUCCCGCCCUGUUCCCCGGCCAACCGCAGCUGCCUCAGUUCGGUGGAGGAGGAUUCCUCCGCCCGCAACAGAGGCCUGCAGGUGAUGAAGAGAGCGAGAGCACGGCGGGGGCCAUCAUGACAAAGGAGGACGCUGCUGCCGCCGGUGCCGGGACCGGUGGUGCUGGUGCUGGUGGUAGCGGUGAUGCUGGUGCUGGCAGUGGCAGUGGAGGGGGGGAGUGGGGGAUUGCUGUGGGGGCGUGGGGAGGGCGCUAGCUAGGGGGACACUAGGUUGUGAUUGUGGCGUGGUGUGGUGUGGUGGGGGAUGCGGGUCGGUCCUCGGUGUUGCCAUUUUCUCUCUCUCUCGGUCGUGAUGAGAUCAGAUGCGAUGAAAUGUUUGUUGCAUGCAGAGAUCUGUGCCAAUUGUGGUUUCCCGUGCCCCUCUGUGUGUGUGCCUUGACGUGCCUAUGUGCCUCUUUGCUGGGGGGAGGGAGCUUGCUGCUUCUUCAGUGGCGUCAGUUGGUUAGGCUGGUGUCUCUGCCUCUUUGCC